UGGCUGCGCAGUUCUUGAGCAAACGUUUUUCCAUAUGAUACUUUUAUAGUCUCUCUCCUAAAACAGGCUCCAACUCCAAAAUCCGAUUUGUUCCUUUUUGCCAUCAUGUCGUCUGCACCAGUGGCGACGACAUCGCCCGCGGCAACAACAGUGUCGCCUACAACAACUCCACCUAUUACCACUCCUACCCCUACAACACCAAGUAUUUCUUCUCCCCUUUCGUAUCCUAACAAAUGUACAAACAUCACUAAUUGAUCAUCUGUAGCUACUACUACCACUCCAACAUCAACGUCGACAACACCAACAUCGACAUCCCAAUCAACACCAGUAUCAUCAUCAACACCAACUACAACUCCUACAUCAUCCACACCUGCAACCACGACCAGCAAUGGACAAACUUCAACUACCCCUUCCACCACUAGUACAACUCCAACUACAACCUCCAUGACAUCCGUCGCUACUACAGUACCCGUCACCCUUACCUCAAUAAAUUCUUACGGAUCAACAGUCGUUGUCACAACGGAGAUAUCCACGACAACCUCAAUCCCUGUCUCAACAAGCCCUUCUACUACAAACAACUCAUCAAACACCGGUGCAAUUGUAGGUGGCGUCGUCGGUGGUAUCGCCUUAAUCGUCAUCUUCGGGCUCCUCUUCUUCUGCUUACGUCGUCGCAGAAGGCGAGACGAGUUCGACGGCAACUUUGACCCCGAUCGGGUCGUUUCCCACCCCUCAGGCGGCGGAACACUCCCCCAAGUAGACCUUGGCGAUGAAACCGAGAUCACCCCCUACCCUGACCAUGCCGGAAGUAUGCGACAAUACGGAGAAAGUCCAUUCUUAGCUGCGGGUGGUGCCGCAGCUGCCGUCCCAGCUAUCAACCGCACAACCUCUCCACUCAGCUCCCCUUCCCAAUACAGCGACACCGUCACUUCUCCCAGUGAGGGAUACCCCUCUCAGGGAUUCAUCCGCCCUGGCCCAGGCCAGUAUCCUCAAGGAGUACCUAACAUGUACGCAAUGCAACAAGCAGACUGGCACAAUCCACUUCCACUUACAUCACCCGCCCCAAGCGUCAGCAACACCUCCUCCAGCAGCCGGGCAAUGAAGGAGAGAGAAGCUGCUGCUGGCCGUCAAGGCCUCAGCCUCGCUACCCAGCAAGAAGUUGACGGAGAGGGGUCCGGCGUUGUUCAGCAUCAAGAUGCGGGACGAGCUCAUAGUGAAGAAGAAGCCGGAGAACCUAGAGAUGUUCCCCCUGCGUAUGAGUCUAUAAGGCAGUAGACUGAUUGCGCGCAGGGUUUCAAAAAGACCAUAUUUGAAGUUGAAUUUGUAAUGCUGCACCACGUUUUACACUCACGUUUCGACGGACACCACUUAAGUUUGGAUGAUCAUACGUAUGUGUAAAGUACAUUGUCGUCGUCGUCAUGAUCUCAGACCUUCUUUUCCUUGAUUAUUUUCGACGUUAGUUCAAAGUUGUCGUUGUUCCUGCGCUUGAUGGCUACGACUACUCAUUGACUUUCUCGGGAUACUUUCCAGCACGCAUUCGUAUUUCAUGCACAUGCAUUGUUAUAUCCGAGUCAUGUUUUUUUUUUCGUUCUUACCAUACAUCAAUUGCGUUGAUAAUAUCGGCGAGGUUUCCAUAACCAAAUAUGUAUAACUCAUUUAUUAAUUAUCCAAGUUGACUAA